CUGUCGCAUAUGUAUUUAUUACUUUUAUAAUUAUCUAAAUUAGAUGUCAAUGGGGCCAAACUUCAAAUGAAGUGAAAUAGCGUAACAGGCAGUUAGAAUGUCGCACAGUCCCGAAAUUGUUGAAACGGCUGUUGAAUUAGAGCCUCUAACUCAACCUACUGGGUCACAAAAUGAUUUUUUAUCAAAGAACUCGAUUAGAGUGGAUGUCCAUCAAACUGUACUUCGCGGCGCGGAGCUUCGUGAGCAAAAAGCAAGGAACGUAAUUACUUCAAGAAAACAACAAAAAUUACGGAUCGUUAGCGUAAAAGCACGAGGCCCUUGUGAUCCACCUAAUAAUUUAAUUAGAAAAGCCACAUCCAACAAGAGACCUGCAACAUCAGGGUUAAUAACGCGACCUUCGGGUCAUUCUCCUUCGCUAAUUUUUUUACGACCAUCAUCUAGUAUCAAAAGGUCACGAUCUCGGUCACAGUCCAGGAAAAAACGUGAUGACAGGAAUAGUAGUGGAAAUUGUAGAGAAAAGUGUCCUUUGAGGAUAGCGGAGCUUGCAGAACCCUCUAAACGACAUUGCUUGAACACAUGGAAAGAUAUGCCUGAUACAUUACCUGAUUAUAUGUUAGACAGAUUGCAGCAGCGAAUAAUGGAUCAAAAACCAGUAGUACAACUCGAUGAAGCAAUUAACUUUUUUCGAAUCAAGCGACGAAAAAGAAGUAUGUCACCAAAACGGAGAAGGCAACGCCAAGAAGAAGCAAGUAAUCAAGAAAUAAAAUACUUAUGUGCUAUAUUUGCUCGCAACAUGGCUAAAAAGUUAAUGAAGCCUAUAAACACUUUAAAUGUCAUCGCAGCUGAAAUGGUAAAUUUAGUCAACGUAGUCUCAAGUGAAAUUUCAAAGGUGUUAAAAAAUCGUCAAAUAAGUACGAUAGAAUUUACAUGCGACAAUGAUACUAUACAACUCGAGAUGGCUGCUAAGAUCGCUAUGUGGAUAGAAAGCAUUCUAAAAGAUACAGGCGAGAAGAUGCUAGAAGAUGAGUUAAGAGCUAAAAUUCACUACGAGCGAAGAAUGGGGAAAGAGGGACAUAUAGCAACACUUAUAGAAAAAUACCUUUAUUGUGAUUACAAAGAAAGAGAUCUAGAAGAGGAAGAAGGUCCAGUGUUAGAUUUCAUUGAUGAAUUGUUGGAAAAUGUCGUGGUGGAAUCCUCGUACGUUUCCUCUGCAAACACCGAACAUGAAUUUGAAGAUGGAACAGAAUUAGAAGAUGGAACAGAAUUAGAAGAUGGAACACAAUUUGGAGAUGUAGCAGAAUAUGGAGCUGCAUCAGAAAUUGGGGAUGAAACUGAUGACAAAGUAACAGGUGUGCGCACAUCUGGUGGCGCAAUGGAUCAAGAUAUUGGAUCAUUUGGGGUUCAUGACAUCAAUACGGAUGAAAUCUACUAUGACUCGAAUGAUACACAAGCAAACAUAACAAACACUUACGAUAAAAUUGAUGUCGAUUCAAAAGAUAUAGGCGAAGAACUUACGGACAUGUUCCAAAAAGAGAACACAAAUAAAUUGGAUGACAAUAAACAAACUGAAGAACAAAUAGAUCCUCUAAAAGUUAACGAUAUGUUCCAAAUAGAAAACGCGUAUAAAUUGGAGGACAAUGAACAAACUGAAAUCCAAAUAAAUCCCCUAGAAGUUAACGGCAGGUUCCAACCCGAAAACGCAUAUAAUUUAGAGGACAAUCAACAAACUGAAAAACAAAUCAAUCCUCCGCAAGUUAACGAUGUGUUCCAACCCGAAAAUGCAAUUGAAUUGGAGGACGGCAAACAAACUGAAGAACAAAGGAAUUCUGUGAGAAGUAACGAUGGGUCUCCACCCGAAAAUGAAAAUAAAAUAAAGGACAAUGAACAAAUUGAAAAACAAAAAGUUAACGAUACGUUCCUAACCGAUAAUGUAAAUAAGUUGGAGGACAAUGGACAAACUGACAAACAAAGAACUCCUGUGACAGUUAACGAUAUGGAAGAAAACUUGGAUGUUGAACAGGUGGGAAUUAAUACUAACAUUGAAGAGCCUUCAGGUGUAUAUAACCUCGACGAUGAGCACUCACCACAAAUGAGUAUAACGGACGUAAAUGAAUACGAAGGCAUGGAAACGUACAAAGAUGACAGAAAAGUUAAAUUCACAAGUUUAGAUUCGGAAUAUGGAGAACUAGAAGAAAGCUCAGUGAGAACUGCAAACAUAGAAGACAAAACCAGUGACUCUUGGAAUAUACCGGCUGAUAUCAUAUUUUCUCCUCCUAACCACGGAUUGUUAAGUGACGCUGAUGAAUCAUGGCCAGACAAACAUGCUCACGGUAUUGGCUAUAAAUUUAGUGAAAGCGUAAGUAAAUCUGUCACAUCUCUGGGACACAUACAGGAAAACGACGAAAGGUUUAUCGAAAACGCAGAACAUGACGAUGAAACCAACAAAGAAACUUCGCGUAUCUCAAUGCACGUCACAGAACCAGAAUAUAUGGAACAAACAGACUAUGACAUAGAAACAAAACCGUCGGAAACCAUAAUGGAAACCGAAAGGGAAAACCAGAUAAUAUGGACAAAUACAAAUUCCAGUAUGACAGACAUUGUAUCGGACUCUAAAGUAACAAAUAACAAGUAUAGCGAAGAUGAAUCUGUCGACACAAAAUACGACAUACCACUACUUAAAGUAGAAAUAAAAAAGAAACCGUCACCAGUUUUUAAUGAAACCGAUACAAAAAUACAAAAUGAAAUUCCAAGCGUCCAAGAAAGAGCAGACAGUGCUUUCAAUACGUAUUCAUCGAAUAACCUCGAAAAAGAUUUUACCGGCAUAGAUGACGGAACAGGUGACAGUAAGAUUAACGUAAAUGAAUCCACGCUACUUCCAAAUAAGAAUAAUUAUCCGGCAGCGGCUUCCAAGCAAAACAUAAUUUACCAAGUACCUGCAACAAGUAGGAAUGUCUUCCACCGAAGUGAUGAUUCCCUAUCGAUGUCCUCUACGCAUCCUGCUAAAGUAGAACAGUGUGAAGCCCAAAGAUGGUGUAGUGACCUGGAACGUACUGUGGACAACCUUUGUCACUGGUAUAAAUGGAUUGACGAUGUAUGUAACAAAGUGUUGACACUACAACAAAAAUCAGCAGUGCUCCGAUGUGAUGAAGUAAAAAUACUCGAAAUAUUUAAGGAGUGGGUUGACUUGCAAUCAGACGUAAAUAAUGACGCUGUCUUAUGGAAUAAACUCAGAGUACAAACUAAAACAGCUUUACAAACCUACACAAAGAAAGCAAAACCAAAGGGCGUGCCUAAAUAUGAAAGGUCCAGAAAGGACGCAAUAAUCGACGUGUGUUUAGACAUUGAUGGACUUACAAUGUGGAUGGACAGCUUGAUGACCACAAUUGAAUACUGUAUGAAGUGUAAAUGCAAAUAUUAUGCAAAGAAACGUUAA